UUCUACAUUUUACAUUAUACAGAAACUAGCUAGCUAGGAUAGAGUAAGGAAACCAAAAAAAUGGCUUUGUCUAAGGUUAUUGUUUCAUUGAUGCUUUUGAUUUCACUUGGUAUUGCUGUUAGUAGUGAAGCCGUAGUUGUUGACGGAUAUCCUGCUCCAAAAAAACCGGUGGUUGUUGUUGCCCCUGCAUCCCCUCCCAAGAAAUCACCAGUUGUUGUUGCCCCUGCACCCGCUCCCAUUUACUACGGAGCACCAUCUCCAAUUUCUGUUCCACCAACUUCUGCUGCAUCUCCACCUAUUUAUCUUCCAUUAAGAAGGCUUAUUGCGGUUCAAGGUGUUGUUUUCGCCAAGCCAUGCGCAGAUUUUGGCCAUGAUACACUUAUGCACUCUUCACCACUAGAAGGUGCUAUGGUGAAGAUGGUAUGUCACGGCAAGCCCAAAGAUAACCCACUAAUGCUAAUAGCUGUGACAGACAAGAAUGGUUAUUUCUUCAUCCCACCAACAAAGAAGGUGAGUGAAUAUGGUGCUCAGAAGAGGUGCAGAGUCUUCUUACAUUCACCACCAGCCAAGUCCAAGUUCCAACACUCAACACACAUGAAUAGCGGUCUAAGUGGUGCCUACUUGAGGAGAACCAAGUCACUCACACCUCUUCCAUUUGUUCUUUACACUGUUGGUCCCUUUGCAUAUGAACCACUUCCAUCAGUUUGCCACCAGAAAGUUUAAAAGUUCAUGAUCUGGAUGGAUCUCUGAUUAAGCCAAUACAUGAUGAUCAGUAUAUGACGUUUCCUUUGGCUUUUCUUUUUUUGAAAGCAGUAUAUCAGCCUAUCUAGAUUUGUAAGAGUAGUUUGAUUUGAAUAUUAGGAUUUUUAUUUGCUAGAAUUUUUUAAUCAGCUACUGGUUUCAAAGCUUAUUGAUGGAUGUAGCAGCAAGAAAAUGUGUACUCUCUAGGAUGAGUUGUUGUUUAAUUGGCUGAUAUCGUGCAUCUAAUAAUAAAAUGACCAUUUUCUUGCUUAUUUUUCUAUUA